AUGGCCAGUGGAGAUUUGCCUUUCCAGUAUGACAUCGGAAGAAGGAGGAAUUAUGAAGGGCGUGGCCAGGAAGUGCAAAUUCAGAACAUCAAAGCAUAUGUUUGUCGACCUGCUUCUGAUACAAACAAAGCUGUGAUUUUGGUUCAUGACAUAUUUGGAUGGCAAUUCCCAGACACGAAAUAUGUUGCUGAUAUAAUUGCUUCUAAUGGAUACACAACCAUCUGCCCAGAUUUUUUUCUGGGAAAGGUACCUUGGACACCAAAUGAUCAUUGGCAGAAUUUUGGAGACUGGUUAAAGGAUCGAGAUCCCAUGAAAGUGGACAAGACAGUUGAUAUGGUCUUAAAAUAUUUAAAAGAGCAGUAUAACGCAACCGGGAUUGGUAUUGUUGGAUUUUCCUGGGGUGGAAUGGCUGUACAUCACGUGAUGCUAACAAAUCCUGAAUUAAAGGCUGGAGUCUCCCUCUACGGAAUUAUUAGAGAUUCCGAAACUAGAUAUAAUUUACUGAAUCCAACCUUUUUCAUUUUUGGCGAGAAAGAUCAUACAAUUUCUCUUAAACAGGUCUCUUUGCUGGAGGAAAAACUUACAGAAUAUUGUAAUGUAAAUUAUAAAAUUAAAGUAUAUCCUGGACAAGUUCAUGGUUUUGCACAGUGUAAGCCUGAAGACAUGAAGCCGAAAGAUAAGCCAUAUGCCGAAGAAGCAAGAAUGGAUUUAAUAGAAUGGCUGAAUAGAUACAUUAUGUUUUAA